AACAUUUUCCUUCUUUCCAAGGAUGUGUGACAGGAACGGCGGCCGGCGGCUGCGGCAGUGGCUGAUCGAGCAAAUCGACAGCAACAUGUACCCAGGGCUGAUUUGGGAAAACGAUGAGAAGAGCAUGUUCCGGAUCCCUUGGAAACACGCUGGCAAACAAGAUUAUAAUCAGGAAGUGGAUGCCUCCAUUUUCAAGGCCUGGGCAGUUUUUAAAGGGAAGUUUAAGGAAGGGGACAAAGCUGAACCAGCCACUUGGAAGACGAGGCUACGCUGUGCUUUGAACAAGAGCCCAGAUUUUGAGGAAGUGACAGACCGGUCCCAGCUGGACAUUUCCGAGCCAUACAAAGUUUACCGCAUCGUCCCCGAGGAAGAGCAAAAAUGCAAGUUAGGCGCCGUGACCCCUGGCUGUGUGAAUGAAGUCGCGGAGAUGGAGUGUGGGCGCUCUGAAAUCGACGAGCUGAUCAAGGAGCCUUCCGUGGACGACUACAUGGGGAUGGUCAAGAGGAGUCCCUCCCCACCAGAGGCCUGCAGGAAUCAGCUCCUCCCAGAGUGGUGGACACAGCAGCCCAGCGCAGCAGGCUUGUCGCUGGUGACGGGGUAUACCUCCUAUGACCCACACCAUUCAGCCUUCUCCCAGAUGGUCAUCAGCUUCUACUACGGGGGCAAGCUGGUGGGCCAGACCACCACCACCUGCCCCGAGGGCUGCCGCCUGUCCCUGGGCCAGCCGGGCCUGCCCAGCGCCAAGCUGUACGGACCCGAGGGCCUGGAGCUGGUGCGCUUCCCGCCGGCCGACGCCAUCCCCAGCGAGCGGCAGAGGCAGGUGACGCGGAAGCUGUUCGGGCACCUGGAGCGCGGCGUGCUGCUGCACAGCAGCCGGCAGGGCGUGCUGGUCAAGCGGCUGUGCCAGGGCCGCGUGUUCUACAGCGGCAACGCCGUGCUGUGCAAGGACAGGCCCAACAAGCUGGAGCGCGACGAGGUGGUCAAGGUCUUCGACACCAGCCAGUUCUUUCGAGAGCUGCAGCAGUUCUACAACAGCCAAGGCCGGCUUCCCGACAGCAGGGUGGUGCUGUGCUUCGGAGAGGAGUUUCCAGAUAUGACCCCCUUGCGCUCCAAACUCAUUCUCGUGCAGAUUGAGCAGCUCUACGCCCGGCAGCUGGUGGAAGAAGCUGGGAAGAGCUGCAGCGCUGGGUCCAUGAUGCAGGCUCCCGAGGAGCCCCAGCCGGACCAGGUCUUCCGGAUGUUUCCAGAUAUCUGUGCCUCACACCAGAGACCCUUUUUCAGAGAAAACCAACAGAUCACUGUUUAAGUCUCUCUCUCGGGCACCCCAUCCACGCACGUCUCGCCUUUCAUUAUUACAAUUACUGUCGUAAUUAUUUAAGGACGUGGAUCCCUCUGACCGGGGUGGGACGCCGUACUCUGCCCUUAAUUUAGGAAGGGCCUUCUCUGA